AUGAAGAGGAUUCGCAGGGGUACUACUGAAGCGUCAUCAUACCGACCUAAUAGACAGCGUCCCACGGCCUCAGCGAGGAGACAGAGAGCGGCUCCCCAAGAUUACAUUGAGGAUACUACAGAGGUUGAAGAUGUAGUUCCUACUGAUUACAGUAAUGUUGACGCAGAGGUUGAAGAUGUAGCUACUACUCAGAAUAGUAAUGUUGAGGUACAUGCCGAGCCUACUGAACCAUCUCGAGUAGGUCCCAUUGAUCCAUCUUUACUUACGAGUUUUAAAACUCACAUAGCAGCUGCAAUUUGGAAUAACCAGGAACGUGAGCCCCUUAGGUGCAUGUCGAAAACAUCUACCCUUCGUGAGUGGAAUUGGUGGGGUAAUCCAAGGGUACAUUCAGAGAUCUGGAUUAGAGCACCUUAUUAG